CGCGGCCGAAGAAUGCUCAGAGCUAAGGGGGCGAUCAGCGGACAAUAUGUUUGAUUGUUACUUAAAUACUUUCCGGGGACCUCCACUAUUCUCUAACUAAGACCCGAUCAGGGUUAUUCUUUCAUAAAGCAGCAUGCGGUGACUGAUCCUUGCCCCUUGGAGGCAAAUGAAGGAUGAAGAGCCCAGUACGCCGAUGCAGGGAUGUGGAGCACGGCCGUGGUCAGUCCUCCUCCAAUGGGACUGGCCAUGGGACAGACCUCCUACAGUCCGAACAGCGCAUCCCCAUCUCCAAAGACGUGAUCACGGCGUACUCCGCCCCAGGCAUGUGGUUCAUCAAAGAUGCCUGUGGGAUAGUGGGCGCCAUCAUCACUUGGCUGCUUGUGUUUUACGCUGAGUUUGUGGUGCUGUUUGUGAUGUUGCUCCCAGCGAGGAACCUAACCUAUAGCAUCGUGAAUGGGCUGCUGUUCAACUCACUGGCUUUCCUCGCCCUCGCCUCUCACGUCAGAGCCAUGUGCACAGACCCUGGGGCUGUGCCAAAAGGUAAUGCAACCAAGGAGUAUAUCGAGAGCCUUCAGCUGAAGCCGGGACAGGUGGUUUACAAAUGUCCCAAGUGCUGCAGCAUCAAGCCUGACCGAGCACACCACUGCAGUGUUUGCAAACGAUGUGUUCGGAAAAUGGACCAUCACUGUCCUUGGGUCAAUAACUGUGUGGGAGAGAACAACCAAAAGUACUUUGUACUCUUCACAAUGUACAUUGCACUCAUCUCUUUGCACACUUUAAUCAUGGUGGUCUUCCAUUUUCUCUACUGCUUUGAAGACGAUUGGUCCAAGUGCAGCUCCUUUUCCCCUCCAGCCACAGUCAUCCUCCUCAUCCUCUUGUGCUUCGAGGGUCUCCUCUUCCUCAUCUUCACUUCUGUGAUGUUUGGCACCCAGGUUCACUCCAUCUGCACCGACGAAACUGGCAUCGAGCGCCUGAAAGGGGAGGUGGGAAAGUGGGAGAAGGUCCCGUGCAGGGAGGCAAUGCAGACUGCAUUUGGAGGGCGCCUGUCUUUGUCCUGGUGCAGCCCGUUCUCUGGACUGAGCUGUAAAAAGACACCCCAGGAACACAUCCUUAUUCCACAAGGAGAGAUCAUCCAACAGGACAUUAUUGAGAUUCCACUCGCCUAAACCUGUUUCUUAAAUGUUACACAAGAUGUCAGCCGCAACAGGGCUAUCUAACUGACAGGAACCAGCCAUAAGAUAUGCAAUAUUUAUAUUUUUAUCUUUCAACUUUAAACCACUAUUCAGGCUCCAUCUUCUUCCUAGGCAAAUACUACACAUUGCUGUAGGUGUAGGUAAUGUGAUGAUGGACUGCACAGAUGAGAACUUUAAUGGAACUACAAUCGGGCAGUUUAUGUUCUUGAUAUUUUAGGUUCCUUGGGGGCUGUUAGCAUCUUAAACUGGAAACUAGUUUUGGUUGGGACCUUUUGUCAAUGUAGUUAGCAUGUGUACAAUGUUUCAGCAAAGAAGAACAACUAUACUGCUGCAAUCUCUUAAUAGGUCCCAGUAGCUAGAUCUCAUGCUCUGGGACAGAUCCUCUAUGAUUCAAAUAAGGAUUGUUAUCAUAUCACUGCUGCACCAAUAUGUAGCUGUCCAACCUUCACAGAAAGAUUAGUUUGACUACUAAUAACAGAAUAUAUAUAAGAUUAAUACUCCUGCCUAUUAAUGCUAUAGAUUAAUGGGCAUUAAUAGAUUAAUUGAUAAAUAUUCACCACAGGUACUAUCCUACCAAACCAAGUAAUAAUUAGAAAAACAUGAAAAGCUGUCAUGUGCAUUUGAAGGUGUCUCAAAGCAUGAACCACUUUCCUGCCUUUUUUAGAUCACAAUGUGCCUUAUCUCCUUCUGUGUAUGACACUUUGUGGGGAAAAGCAUCUUGUCUACUAUGUUUUGACAAGUGAAGAGGAAUUCCCAUCACUUCCAGCUCUCUGCCCUCCUCCCCCAACAUCACCUUGCAACAUCACUAGGGAUUCCACUGCCUGUGGCUCUAACUCUGUAUCUUGUCCUUGACACAACCUUGCAAUUAAAGCUGUUCCUUCAGUAGAUCCGUUGUGCAGCUCUCUGUUAAGUCCAAAUGUCAUGCACAUCAAACCAGCAAGAAAAAGGCGGCAUUCACGCCAGUCUGCUCAUAUGUGAGCCAACAUAAUAUACUGGACAAAUUCCAGUCUGGUUUUCAAGCACAAUCAAAGUACUGAAUCCAUUUCCCUAAAAUUACUUCAUGAGUUACUGCUCCCAGUCGGUUUAGGAUCCUGUGCUAUCCUCCUAUUACUUGAUUUCAGUGCUACUUUCAACACUAUAGAGCAUCAUAUUCUCCUAAAAAGACUUGAAGUGGCCCUACAGGGCACAGUUUUAAAAUGGUUUGCUUCUUAUUUAAGUGGGAGAACCUUUUCUGUCAAAAUAGCUAAGCUCAAGGCUCAACUGUAGCUUCUCUUAUUUUCACUGUACAUGCACCCCCUCAAUUCAGGAGAAGAACAAUGUCCAGUGUACGUGGAUGACACGCAAUUGUUUGUUCCUGUCUGCCCCCAUGAAAUUGGCUCCCUGUCCUCUUUACACCAGUGUCUUGCUGAAGUAAUAUCCUGGAUGUCCAGAAACUUUCUACAGUUGAAUGACAGUUUAGUCUAAAAUCUUGGUGUUCUCCUCCUUCUUCUGAUAUAAAAUUUUGAUAAACAGGUCUCUAACGUGGUGAAAAGAAGCCAUUUCCAACUUCGACCCAUUGCAAAAUUACAAUACAUUUUUAUUACCAAAGAAUCUACAAAUUGUAACCCAUGCUUUUAUGUACAAGCAGACUGGAUUUUUAGCAAUUCUACCUAUUUUUGGCUGCCAUAAUCCACACUAAAUGACCUCCAGGUGGUUUAAAAUGCAGCCGCAAGGUUGUUAAACUAGUACAAAAAAAGAGAGUAUAUUACUCCAACCUUAGCACAGCUUCACUGACUCCUGAUAAAGUACAGGAUUGAUUUUAAACUUCUGCUCUUUGUUUUUAAAGCAUAUUACAGAUCUGCUUAAUCCCUACCUUGUCAAACUCUCAGCACCUCCUCUGUCCCCCUUGCUUGCCUAAAAAAAAAGAAAAGGAGACCGGGCUUUCAGGCUUUCUCCGUCACUGUUCCCAAACUCUGGAAUGCGCUGUCUCUCUUCCUCUCUUCUCUGGGGAUUGGUCUUUUUAAAGGUCUUCUAAAGGCCCACUUUUUAAUAUAGCUUUUAACUGAUUAAAUUAAUGUAAUCUAUCUAUGUGUGUAAAUGAUAUAUUCUUUCUUUAUCUAUUGUUAUUUAUUGUGGUCUGUAAAGCACUUUGGCACAACUUCUGUUGUUUUAAAGGUGCUAUAUAAAUACAUUGGCUUGGCUUGGAUUGUUUAUUUUAUGUCAAUUUUGUCUUGGACCAUUUUGAUUUUUGAGGUGUAUGGCGUCAUUUAAGAUAUAUUGUCAUGUAUUUAAGCUAGAGCAGAUCCAUUUGAAGGGCUUUUACCACUGAAAGGGGCUGUACAUUCCUGUGUUGUAUCUUUGUGUGGGUUUAUUUUUUAAUAAAAGGAUUCCAUAAACAAAUGUG